CUUUUCAUCUGCUUAUACAGUCGUCCUCCAACUUUAUAUCUCUCUCUCUUCCCUCCUACAUCCCUUCUCCCUCCUCCCUUGCUCUUCAAAAUCGGAUUUUUAUCCAAACACCUGGGAACUUCAAACGCCACAUCAAUCCUAUUCAACUCUUCUUCUUAUCCUUUGUGAUUGAUUGGAGUUUUAUCAGGUGAUACUUGUAGGAAGGAUGGUUUGCGAAAAGCUGAUGGAGCAAUCUAGAGGGGCGGAAUCGGGUUUGAUCCUUUCCAAACCAGCAGAAAAGGCUACGGUCGCAUCUGACAAUGGGAUCACUUCUGAUUCCACCUCAUCUAAUCAGGGUGUCCCCAACGUCAAAGGUGAGACUGGUCAAGAGUCAGUUGCUGGGCAAGAUGUGUAUAAUCCACCUGCUAGCUAUUACAAUUAUUAUUAUCCAGGCUACAAUGGGUCUUUUGGUCAAUCAGAUGACGCCAGGGAUCAUUCAUCUAUGGGUAUGCAAACAAAUCACAGUUCGAUAGCUUAUUACAUGCCUGGUUAUAACCCCUAUGCUCCUGGAACUUAUGUUGGUGCUGAUGGGCAUUGUGUUAGUCAGCCAUAUUUCACCCCAGUUACCUAUGGGGCCGAAGCUCUUCCUUGUUAUGCUUGGGACUUGAAUUAUCUCGGCGAUCCCUCAACUAGAUCAAAUACUGCGUCUGGGAAUGUUAAAUCUAACCCUUCUCCUGCUACUGCGGUGAGGUCAAAUGGCAUCAAACCUUCGAAAUUAUAUGGCUCCAUGAGCAAGCUCUCCUCAGUGUCUUUAAACUCUAAGUCACGUCCAUCUGUCUCUGCACCUAAUAUUUCUGAACCCAAGUUUGAUAUUCAACAUAGUAAACCAUUGAAUAAGUCAGGUUCCUAUUUUCCGCCAGCUGGGUAUGCAAAUGUUUACCAUCCAGCCGGGAACUAUCAGUCUUUGUCUUUCCCGAAACGAGGGGUGUUUGGAAAUACUGAUCCAAUGGGCUACAGAUCAAAUGCAAGGAUGUGGAAUGGACACGAUAAAUUUAGAUCCAGUAGGAAAAGUGAGUUUGAAAUGUCAGCUGAGCUUACUUGUGGUCCUCGAGCCAACAGCAAGAGCAAUUCCGAUUCAUCUGAAAAGGAACCCGUAGGUUUAGCAGUACAGAGAAGUACAUAUAACUUGGCAGAUUUCCAGACGGAGUAUGAAGCUGCAAAGUUUUACGUCAUCAAAUCUUACAGUGAAGAUGAUGUUCACAAAUGCAUUAAGUAUGAUGUUUGGUCAAGUACAGCAAAUGGGAAUAAGAAGCUGGAUGCAGCAUUUCAUGAUGCAGAAGUGAAAGCCAACGAGACGGGCAUAAAUUGUCCAAUAUUCCUUUUCUUUUCAGUUAAUGGUAGUGGUCAGUUUGUUGGAGUAGCAGAGAUGACAGGCAAAGUGGAUUUUAACAAAAAUAUGGAUUUCUGGCAGCUUGACAAGUGGAGUGGUUUCUUCCCAGUAAAGUGGCAUAUUGUGAAAGAUAUACCUAAUUCUCAACUGAGACACAUCCUUCUUGAAAAUAAUGAAAAUAGGCCUGUGACCUACACUCGGGAUACCCAAGAGAUUGGGCUAAAGCAAGGGUUAGAAAUGCUGAAGAUUUUCAAGAACUAUUUAUCAAGGACGUCACUUGUAGAUGACUUGAAUUUCUAUGAAGGCCGAGAAAAGGCACUGGAGAUGAAAGGAAUUAGCAGCAAGCCUGUUGCUCAUCAGACAGAAGUAUUUGGGAAUGGAAAUUUACCAGUGGAGACAGGAGCUAAAGGGGGAGAAGAAUUGAACAAGUCUCAAGUGGCGUCUGUUACAGCUCUUGUCAACCUUACCAGUAACCUAUCUCUCAGUUCCAAUCCCAAAGUAGUGUAGUUACCUUGCUGUGUUGAAUCUUUUCGGUAGAGGUGUCUGACGAGUAGUUUUGCCUUCUCUUUUUUUUUUUUUUAUCUCGAUGCUUUCUUCUCAGCACUUGUUGAGUUGAGUUGAUUGAUAGGUUUCUUUUUCUUUCUGAAAAUUCCGUUUCCAUUCUGAAUGUUCUUUUUCUAUGACCUUUCAAGGUUAUUGUUCCAAGUCAUCUUUUUAUCUUCCUAUAAUACUUGUAAGAUUAUGUUC